AUGAGACUCAGCCUCCUCAUCAUUGCCGCGAUGGCCGUCCUAAGCACCGCGUCGGCAGCAGUCUACAAUGUUGGCGAACCGGGCGGCGCGUGGGACCUUACCACCAACUACGGCACCUGGGUAUCCUCCAGGAAGUUCCAACUCAGCGACCAGAUCGUCUUCAAGUACUCCCCUCAGGCGCACGACGUCCUUGAAGUUAGCAAGGCCGACUACGACUCUUGCAGCAUCGUCAACCCUAUUGCGACCCUCAACUCCGGGAACGACAUCGUCACCCUCACCGCCGCUGGCACCCGGUACUUCAUUUGUGGGUUCCCUGGCCACUGCACUAGUGGCAUGAAGAUCAAGAUCGACGUCGUGCCUAGCUCCUCCUCACCAUCACCCGCCCCGGCUAGUGGCCCCAAUGCAAGCAACGCUCCUCCAACCACGCCUGUCUCUACCGCCACCUCCGUGAAGGCCACGGGGUUUGGCCUUGCCAUCCUGCUUGCCUUUAUCGGUUUCAUGGCUUGA